GUUAAAGCAUAUAUCCUUCUAGAUCAGUCUUCAUUUUCCCACUUUCUGAAAAUGUGCAAGGAUCUGGGAGUUGACCUGGAAAAGGAAAAGUUGAUGAGAAUUCGAAAUAUCACCGGGAACACAUACUACACGAGGUCAGGUGCCAAAAUUGUUGGAAAAGUCCGUGAAAAGUUCAUGUUAGUUGAUGGCAUUAGAGUGACAACGGGCUCCUACAGUUUUACAUGGACAGAUGGGAAGCUGAACAGCAGUAACAUUUUGAUCUUGUCAGGCCCUGCGGUUGCGCACUUUGACCUGGAAUUUCGGAUUCUUUAUGCACGGUCAAAGCCUAUCAACUUCAAAGAGUUAUCCAGCUGCAAGAAGAAUAAGGUGUUGGACCAGCUGGUCAGGAUAACAGUGGCUUCCAGAGACUCAACCAGGGAAAACUUCCCAAGAAUGGAGUUUUUGUAUCUAAGAGCACUUGUAGGAAAUCUCAAAAGGAAGCGAAACUGGCUGCAUACCUCAAGGGAGGCAGUCUACGUGUCAAAUAACGCAGUGCAUACCUCUCCUCCACUGACUAAGAGGAAUGGCUCUCUAGUGAUGAGGCCACACUGGAUCAUAGAGAGAUGAAUUGCGCGUUCGCUUGGAGCGAGCAGCAGAACCUCAGGAACCACGUCCAGCUGUCACUGUCGAGUGCUGUCUUACAGAGUGUGUGUGAGGGCGCCUGGGAAACAAACCUCGAACUGAGAGAAAGUGAUUCUGCAGUUGUGGUUUUGUUUGAAGACCACUAUCAUGCAGUUCAACAGAUACAAUUAUGGAAUUAUCUUAGGCUCAGAUGUGUUUAAAAAAACAAAACUCUUAGCACCU